UGUUAGUAUUCUUUGACGACAGCCUUUAAUUAAUUUCAAGAACAAUGUCUGUUUAUAACCAUCGACCCAUGGUUCCAGCUAAUCAAACACGAUUAUUGGAACUGUUAGAAGCUAUCAAGGUCGAAUACGACCAGCUGAGUCAAGAUGCUCAAAUCACAAAAAGUCAACGAGACGAGUAUGAGCAUAAAGUAAAUAGUCAAAUACAAGAAAUGAAUAUAUUCCAACAAACCUUGUUGGAUUUAGAACGAACUCAACAGGUCCUGAAGAAACAAUAUGAGGAAGAGAUUUCUAGAUUGCGAUUGCAAUUAGAACAAAUGCAACAUGGAGGAUAUACACAACAGCAACAGCAACAGCAGCAAGUGGAACCCAUGAAGGCACCACCUCCACCACCCUUGAUUUCAUCAGGCUCUCCGUUAGUUAGCGUACCUCAUUUUGGCCCUCCACCUAUCCAACAAGGAGGCGGAGGCGGAGCACCACCCCCACCCCCACCACCAAACCAUAAUGUGCGCAUGAAUAAACCACCUGCGCCUGUUGCUAAUAAUGCCAUCAGCUUUAACGAUCUUGAUCCUGAAUCCGUUCCUGCUAAUAUGAAGGUGGAAGGUCAAGACUGGUUUGCAUUAUUCAAUCCAAAGGUUCCUAGAUAUCUCAAGGUGGACCUUGUUUAUACUUUGGAUCACGAUAGUGUUGUCUGUUGUGUCAAAUUUAGUAUGGAUGGUCGAUUCUUGGCUGCUGGUUGUAAUCAGGCUACUUAUAUCUAUGAUACCAUGACCUCUACUCGUGUAGCUGUGCUUCAGGAUGAAAGUGCUGGUAGAGAUGGUGAUUUAUAUAUUCGAUCUGUUAGUUUUAGUCCCGAUGGUAAAUAUUUAGCUACAGGUGCAGAAGAUAGAAGAAUUAGAAUUUGGGAAAUCUCGAAAACACGUAUCCGUUGUGUAUUAUCUGGACAUGAACAGGAUAUUUACUCACUCGAGUUUAGUCGUGAUGGACAUAUCUUGGUGUCUGGUUCAGGAGAUCGUACAACGCGUAUUUGGGAUUGGAUGGACGCUAAAUGUUUACAUACGUUACGUAUCAGUGAAGUGGAUCAAAGUGACCCUGGUGUCACCAGUAUUGCCAUUUCACCAGAUAGUCGGUUAGUAGCUGCCGGAAGUCUGGAUAAGAUUGUGCGUGUAUGGGAUGCUGCCAACGGUACUCUCUUGGAACGUUUAGAAGGCCAUAAAGAUAGUGUUUAUUCAGUUGCAUUUAUGCCCGAUGGUAAAACCCUCGUCAGUGGCAGUCUAGAUAAAACUUUGAGAUUAUGGCAAUUGGGCGGUGAUCGUUCCAAGAACCCUUGUAUUCAAAUAUUCUCUGGUCAUAAAGACUUUGUUCUUUCCGUUGCUACGACACCUGAUGAUCGUUGGAUUGUCUCUGGCUCCAAAGAUCGAAGUGUUCAGUUUUGGGAUCCUCGCACUGGUCAAACUCAAUUUAUGCUCCAAGGACAUAAGAAUUCUGUGAUAUCUGUGGCUACAAGUCCUGGAAGAAGACCCUUGUUUGCAACGGGAUCUGGUGAUAACCGUGCAAGGAUCUGGAGUUAUGAUUCUGUUCCUCCAUCUUAAGCCAAUCAACACUCUCGAUCUCUCCUUUUUUUUUUUUUCUAUCAUUCACUUUUUUUUUAUCUAUUGUUCAAACUUCACCUUUUUUUUUUCUUUAUUUCAAAUAUAAUUACAAUUUCAUAUACAUAUGCACUC